AUUUGUUUUGUAUACAUGAAUCAGUCAUAACCUCCAACAUAGGUUUAUUGACGUAAAUGACACUUGCUAUAAAAUUUCAACUCAGUAAAUAAUAAGUCAACAAUAUAAAAAAAGGUUUUAGGAUCACUUUGAAGAUUCUCUGUUUAUUUUGUUUAAAUAAAUUCAUAGACACUAGUCAAAAUGGGGAAGCGUCAACAUCAAAAAGAUAAGAUGUACCUUACGUACACCGAGUGGACAACACUUUACGGUGGAAAGGCAUCUGGUACUUCAACGAAUACACAUGAAGACAGUACUUUCAGACGUUUACCUUUUGACCAUUGCUGCUUAAGUUUGCAACCUUUCGAACAUCCUUACUGUGACACCGAUGGAAACAUAUUUGACUUAGAAGCCCUGCUACCUUAUGUCAAGCAUUAUAAACAUAAUCCUGUCACAGGCAAACCUAUUGAUCCUAAAUCAUUGACCAAAUUAAAUUUUUUUAAAAAUGCUGAUGGAGAUUACCACUGUCCGGUGCUAUUUAAACCUUUCCUGAAACACUCUCAUAUUGUAGCAAUCAAAACUACUGGAAAUGUAUUUUCUUAUGAGGCUAUUGAACAGCUUAAUAUCAAAAGCCGUCAUUGGAAAGAUCUUAUCACCGAUGAACCAUUUACUAGAAAAGAUAUAAUUACUAUUCAAGAUCCUAGUAAUGCUAGGAAAUUUAACCUUUCUACUUUUCAUCAUAUUAAGCACAAUUUAAGAGUUGAAGAUGAAGAAAUUACUAGGGAAAGAAAGGAUCCAAAUGCUAAAUUGAAAACUGUGUCGUCAACAGCAAAAGAUGUUUUAAAUGAGCUGGAAAAAACAUACAAACCAGCAGAAAAAGAAAAAUUAAAAGUUGCUGAGAAAGCAGAUAAAUUUAAUGCUGCCCCAUAUUCUACUGGAGCAGCAGCUGCAGGUUUUACAUCUACUGUAAUGCCCGUUGUUAGAACCACAGAUGCUGCUAUUUUAGAUGAAGAUGUUGUUCGAUAUGAAAGAGUAAAAAAAAAAGGAUAUGUGAAACUUGUGACAAAUUUGGGUCCACUAAAUUUAGAACUACAUUGUGAUUUAGUACCAAAAACAUGUGAAAAUUUUUUAAAACAUUGUAAAAAUGGUUAUUACAAUGGAACUAAAUUUCAUCGCUCCAUAAAAAAUUUUAUGAUUCAAGGUGGAGAUCCAACUAACACUGGCAAAGGUGGAACUUCUAUUUGGGGAAAACCAUUUGAAGAUGAAUUUAAGCCCAAUCUCAUUCAUCAAGGACGCGGUAUUUUGUCCAUGGCCAACUCAGGAACUGAUACGAAUGGAUCUCAAUUCUUUAUAACAUUCCGUUCCUGUCGACAUUUGGACAAUAAACAUACAGUCUUUGGGAAAAUUGUCGGUGGCCUAGAAACACUCAACGAAUUAGAAAAAAUUGAGGUUGAUAAUAAAGACCGACCUAUUGAAGAUAUUAUUAUUCAAAUAGCACAAAUAUAUGUCGAUCCAUAUGAAGAAGUAGAUGAACAAUUGGCAAAAGAUAGAGCAGAAGAUCUUGAAAAACAGGCUAAAGAAGCAGCAGAAAAAAAUAAAUCAAAGAAAAAAGAAAAAGAUAAUGUCCUUAAGGUUUACAGACCAGGUGUUGGAAAAUAUGUAAAUCCUACCAAGGAUCAGGCAAAAGUCGAACCAAGUAACUCAACAAACUCAGAAGUACCAGCUAAGAAAUCCAAAAUUGUUAGAACUGACUUUUCGUUUUCUUCUUGGUAAUGCAGUGAUUUUUUUUAACUGUCAUGAAAACGUGACUCGCUGUAAAUAUUGUAAAUAUUUAUGCAAUUACAAAUAGCUUGUUUAUUGUAAAUGCAUUAAACAAAAGUACUGUUCAAUGACAUACAAAACAGUCUAGCAUGUAGCAAAAGAACAUGUUCUUUCAUUGGUAAUAAAAUCAUAUUCAAAUGAAAAUUUCGACCGUUUGUUACCCGCGAACGUCCACUGUUCAUUGAUUAUUUAUGAAUAAUGUUUUACUCUGUUUAAAAGAAUAAUGAAGUUUGUAACAACUAAUUUCAGUGAAAAUAAAUUUACAUAAAUUAUAA